UUGGCAACACCUAAUUUGACGUUUUGCCAUCAAAUACGAUAGACGUGUUACGUGUUGUGUUUAUUAUUGUCUUUUUCGUCGUAAAUUUAUAAUCGUAAUUAAAUUAAAAGUAGAAACAAAUUGAAAGUGUAAUAUUAAACUAUAGAAAUUAGUGAUGUACUGAUGAUUGAAAAAUUAUAAGCAGAUGUUUUUAUAGGAAAUACGAUUCAAGAUAAUAUUAUUAUUUCAGAAAUUUUUAUUCGUGGUUUGGUUUGUAUACAAACGAGAUUACAAUGUGGUCCCAUUUAGAACGAGGAAGUUCUCCAGUGGAUUGGUGCGAAUCAAAUUACUCCAUAUCACCGAUGAUUGCAGAAUUCGUGAACACUAUCAGCAAUAUACUAUUUUUUCUAUUCCCACCAGUUCUAAUUCAUCUAUUCCAAGAGUAUGCAAGGUUUGUGAACCCUGCCAUAAAUGUUCUCUGGGUACUAUUGAUGGUGGUUGGCCUUAGCUCUGCCUAUUUCCAUGCCACACUUAGUCUAGUUGGUCAAUUGCUUGAUGAACUGGCCAUCUUGUGGGUUUUUAUGACAGCAUUUGCAAUGUUUUUUCCAAAGAGAUAUUUUCCUAAUUUUUUGGGCGGAAACAGGCGGAUACUGGCGUUUUAUUCCAGUGUAUUCUCAGUGGUGUCAACCGGUUUCCUUGUCAUGCACCCGGCUGCUAAUGCUUUUGCUCUAAUGACUUUGGCAUUACCUGCUAUAGGUUUCCUGUAUAAAGAGUUAAAUAGGGUGAAAUGUGCCCGUGUGUACCGCUUGGGGUUGCGAUGUGUGGCAGUUUGUCUGUUGGCAAUGUUCUGUUGGAUUAUCGACCGUCUAUUCUGCGACGCGUGGCUCUCCAUCGACUUUCCAUACAUGCACGGUGUCUGGCACAUUCUUAUUUUCAUCGCUAGCUACACGGCACUAGUUCUUUUUGCUUACUUCAAUGUAUCGGAAGAAAGACCAGAACAAAAGCCCCAGCUCAAAUAUUGGCCAAGAAAUGACUUUGAAUUAGGCGUCCCAUACAUUACUAUCAAACAUCCGUGUAAGAAAGACAAAGGUUUGGCUAUAUAAGCAUUUCAAUAUAUGUUUAAGGGUAUUGGGGUAUUUUUAAAUAAAUCUGAGUGGGUUAAUAAUAAGAAUUAAAAAAAAAUGGGUGUUUAUCUUUUAGUACUAGUAAUAGUGAGAGAUUUAAAAAAAAUGUUAAUAUCAUAAUUUUGUGGUGUUUGAAGAAUGGGUGCAUUGUGUGACCUAGUGCCAAUCUGUGAUGUAGAAUGUAGUGAUAUGUAGUAGGUAUUUAUUUAGAAAUAUAUAUGUUUUGGUACAUUUAUUUAUAUAUUUAAAAAUGUUUUCAUAAAUGUGAAAUUAGUAUUGUAUUUUGUAAAAUUGCCUACCACACAUAUAAUGUGUAGGAAGAACAUGGCUAUUUCUUAGAGCUCCGUAAAAAGGUUUAAAAUGUAAGUAAAUUUUUUAUAAUAAAAAAAAAAUAAUGCAUAGCUUUACAUAUCGGAUUCAAAAUUUUAAUAGACCCGAAAUAAUGAGUGAUCUUUAAAAAAAUGUAAAUAGGCAUAUACCUAAUUCAAUAUUGUUUUGUCACGAGAUAGACAACAUCUCUCAUUUGCAUUAUCUGCAAAUCGUACUACCACCGUGCCAUUUUAUAAACAUUUCCGAAUUAAAUGUUAAUUUUUAAACAAAAUCGUACAUGAACAAUCUACUAAACUAAUCAUCAUGAGCCAAUACCAUAACAUAUAUACGGUGAUAAAACCGAUAUAAAUAUUUAUAAUAAAAUGUAAUCUACGGGACAUUUUAAUGAUGUAUGUAAAACAUGCAGUAUUUGUCAUAUUUAUACUUGGCCAAUAUUCAAUUUUACAGUAUACAAAUUAGUUUUUUUUUUAUAAUUUAUGUGAUGUUAAUGUUCAAAGUUUUGACAAGUACAAUAUUGGUUAUUUAUGAUGAUUCAAUAGUUAUGAUAUGGUGUCAUAUUAUUGUAAUGGAGGACAAUAUAUAAUUAUUUUGAUUUUCCUGUGGUCACUAUGUAUAAAUGACGAGACUUUAUUUAGGAUCUGACUAAUUAUUCUAAAGGGAUUAUUGCAAUAAUGAAAAUAGGAUAUUAUUUGAUCUUACAAAGUAUUGGUAUAGAAAAAUCUCUACUUAUGUAUAUUUAUAAUAACUGCUUAGAAAGUAGUUUGUAGAUUAGUCAUUUAUUACCAAAUUAUUAAUGUAUAUACCCUAUUUUGAAGUUUUUAAUUUUGUGAUGUCAAAUAUAUAUGAGAUAGAGUAAUAUGUACCUAGCUAUAUUUAAGGAUAUCAUAAAUGAGUAAUUUUAUAAUACUUAAUAUAACAAUUAUAUACUGUGUUUUAAAUUUUUUGUUUUAAUAGAAUCGUAAAGCGAUAAUGUGACAGCUUGAUAUUUUAAAGCAGCUUUGUUAUCCAAUUUCCAAGGUUUAUAAAUAUUGUUAUUUGAUCGCAGUAGUUUUUGGUUGUACGUAAGUUGUUAAAAAUGUUCAGCCAGUAUUAGUUCUCAGUCAGACUUACCAGCCAUUGUCCAAUUAUAGAAGCUCAAUUUCCAUAAGAAAGGUUAUAAUCACACUCAGUAGUUCUUUAAUAAAAAUUAAACAACCAAUUGGUUUGUUACUUAUGAAUCCAUCUCUCAAAGAUUCGUUCUUCCCUGACUCAGAUGUUUUGUUCAUAGUGGAUAUAUUUUUAUAAUUAGGAGUGUGUUUAAGAAAACACGUGCCAAAUUAACGCACGCGCAAUUAUUUAUACUGGCAAUUAAAUCGAUUCAAAUUUAAAAUUGUACAUUUUAUAUUUCAUAUUGUGUUCUAUUUUCAAUUCAAUAAGUAAUGUUUAAUAAUAUAGACAUAUAUUAGUAGUUGGGACAUACCCGUGAAAUGUAUAUUAGCGUAUAGUUACCAUCUAUCCAGGUUUUCUUGGAUUUGAACUAGUAUUGGUUUGGGGCUGACCAACUCUUUAAAUGUAAACUCUUACACUAACUAUUUCUACCAAAACGUCUGGGUUUUUAAGUUUUGUUCGGCCUUAGGUGAUGGAUAACAGCUCUAAAUAAGCGUGGAAGUGAAAUAACGAUAGCACAAAUUUUAUUUUUAAUUAUAAUGACUGUCUGAGUAGUUAGGAUUCGCAUCUCUCGUUGACAUAAUUUUGACAUAUCCAAUGUGUAUUUUUUUUUACCUAAUUGAGUGUUGCGUUGCAUUUGAUCUCUAAUAUGAUUCAGUUAAAUUUCUCGAUCAGUUUCGAUUAAUGUAUAGUAUUAUUUUGUCAAAAGACAAUAAUUAAAGCAUUGUGAACUUUUGUGCCAAUUUUGUAUUUAUAUAGCACAUAUAAUGCAGUAAGUUGCAAAGAUUUUUACACGAGUUAAUCACAGGUUACAAUUUUAACUAGUUCCACUCAAAAUUGACAAGUUAGUUAAUUUAUCAGCAUACAUCUAUUAACAAAUUGUAAUAAAUAUUGUUGAGAGAUUUUAAAUAGGCACAAGUGUUUUUAUUUAUAGUUUUCUUUGUCCUUUUUUUCUUUAGGCUAAUCCGUAAUAAAUCGUUAAUUUCAAAUGAUACUAGACUGGGUUUAUUUAGUUCAUUUACGUUAAAUAAAUCAUAGAGGUAUGGGUAGUGCAUAACAAUUACGUAAAAUUAAGUAAAAUAGUAAUAAAAAAGAAUAAGAUUAUAAACUAAAAUCUACCAGAUACCUACUAUAUUUCUGAGUCAUGAAUGAUAGCGUUUACACUUUUACAUAAUUUAAGAAUAUACCGAUCUUAGAAACUGCGAAUGCACCGUAGGUACCGACUUAUAAAUAAUUAUUUUUAAUAAUGUGACAGAUACAAAAUUAUAUAAUUUUAAUAUACUUUUAAAACUUAAUGUACGAAUUCAAAACUAUUAUCUAAUCACGAAUUCACGAAACUUGUUGAUUUAUAAGGAUUAAUAUUUUCGAUUCUAAAAUUUGUAGACGGUCAAAAAAUACAACAAAAAUGUAAAAAUGGGCCGUCAGUUUGUUUGCCAUUCUAAGUUGUAUAAAAAAAAAAUUAAUGCAAGGAUUUUUCUAAAUUCUUACUGGAUCGAGAAUAAAGGAGUUUCUCUUGAAUAAAGUCACUGAAAAUAGAAACCAGGUAGCAGAAAUUAGUAUUGUUUAAUAUAAAUAAGUAUUUAUUGGAGUCAUGAAUAUUCUAAUUAUUCAUUUGGAAAACUCAAAAUUUGUAUGCAUAAUGAUUGUACAUAAUUUUUGCAGAAUGCUAUUUUGUUUGUUUUUUUUUUUUGUGGGCUUUUGAAUACAUUUAAUAAAUUAAUAUUUGGUUUAA